CAGCAUCAACAACGACAGCAGCAACAACAACAACAUCACCAGCAACUGCAAGUAUAAAAACCACAACACAUAAAAAACUACAUAAUCAUCAGACCAGUAAAUUAAAUUAUCACUGACGGCAACAUCUACAUUCUGUAGUGACAUCAACAACAAUAGCAACGACAACAAAGAAUCAUUAACAACCAUAACAACAACAAAGAAUUAUUAACAAUAACAGCAGUUACGUCAAAACAAUUUAUAUAAAGCGCUGCAUUUGAAAAAAAAAUCAGUCACAUUUUAAAAUACCGAACUCUUAAAACCCGUUUUUUUUUGUAUUAACGCUUCUAAUUGGCUAAUCAAAAAUUAAUUAAUCAAUUAAUUAAUUAGUUAAUUAAAUAGAAUUUAAUCAAAUCACAUCCGUCAAUCGAUAUUAAAGUCGACAAAGUUUCUAGUUAAGCGAAACGCUGGAAGAGAAAAUCCCGUCGAAAAUUCCUAUACUGAAAAAAGUUAGUGAAAUAGAAGAAAUGAAAUCUAUGGAUGCCGUAAUUGUGUCAUCGGCCUCGUUUUCGCUUCCAACUUCAUCGUCGUCACAGCAGACCACGUCUUCGUACCCAGGCCAGCUUCAUACUAACAACAGUAGCAACAACAGUACCAACAGCAACAGCAGUGACAGCAAUAUUGUUUCUACAUGUAAUAUAGCAGCCCAGCAAGAAAUAAUAGGGCCGGUCCGCUCCUAUGUAGCAAGCGAAAACAGUCAACAGAAUGAACAACUCCAUCAAAAUUCAUUAAAAGUUGUUGAGGGCAGCGAUCAUGCUUUCCACAGUAGCAACAACAACAUUCAAAUCAACUUCAACCACAGCAGUGCUAACAACAAUUUCAUAAACAACAACAUGAUUGUGAACAACAACAUCAACAUGAACAACAAUAUGAACAUGAACAAUAAUAUGAACAUGAACAAUAAUAUGAACAUGAACAAUAAUAUGAACAUGAUCAUGAACAAUAACAUGAACAUGAGCAAUAUGCAGUACUCUAUGAAUCAGACUUUCAAUCAAAACCAACAGCAACAGCAGCAACUGAACAUGAUGAACUACAAAAUGACCCUCAAAUCGAUGCCCAUUCGGCCUCGAGCCAUCGGGCCGACCAACAUCGUCGUCCAGCAAGCUUAUCCGGGUGUGACAAUUCAGCAACCCCAGCAAAUAUGGCACCAGGGCCAAUUUAUACCCAACAACAGCCCAAACAUCCAACUAGCUUUCAACAUGCAAAUGCCAUACAAAGAUAUGAACGGAUACAUAACACACAAUGCACAGACUCCGCAGAGUUAUAUGCCUAAAGUAACUCCUGAUAACAUGACUGUGGCCAGGGUUUUGUAUCAAAGUAAUGGAACUAUGGAACACCAAGAACCGUCAGCUCUUAGUCAAAUCAUUCAAGCUUCCAACUUUUCCAGCUCUUCGACUAAAAAACAAAUACCAAUAAAACCGAAAAAAGAAUCAAAAAAGACUAAAAGUAAAGACACCCGCUUGUCGUCACCGUCAGAUCUAGAUCAGGAUUCUCACACAAACUCAAACAGCAAUUCAGACAUUCCAAGUAGUUCGAAAAAAUCGGGUACCUCCUCGAAAUCUAAAAAAUCCACCAACCAGCCUUCAAAUUGCACUCCUCAACAAGAAAGUCAAAUGGCGCAGACCAACAUCUUCAACAAGUUGGUGUCGAUGGGAGAUGAGACGGAGAGGAAACCCUUCCUGAACCAGUUGUUCGCCUACAUGAGGGAGACCAACAAUCCAGUCACCGUCAUGCCGGUAGUCUGCAGGCAGACCGUUGAUCUCUACAAACUCUACACCAUUGUUAAAAGUUACGGCGGCUUAGAAACGGUCUGUAAACUGAAGCAAUGGCGAGAUGUAAGCUCUACGAUGGGAUUCGGCGGAUCAACCAGUGCAGGCUUUGCUCUGAAGAAAACUUACUGCAAGUACGUCUUUCCGUAUGAAUGUAAGUACGAUAAAGACGACAUCGAUCCCAAUCCCAUUCUCGCGUCACUGGAUCUCUUGACGAAGCUGGAAUCCAAGAAAAGAAAUCAGGAAAAUGCUAGUCAAGCCGGCGACACGAGCGUAUCAAAGGAGGACUCCCAAUCCCAAGACUCAUUUCCGGAGCUACUGACGGCCCUUGAGGACAGCAAUAGCGUUUGGGAAAAACCCACCAUCUCUACUACUUCCGUCAAUUCGGGAGAUCCUCCCAUGUUUUUCAACUAUAGAGAAGUUUCUGAACUACAAAACAGUCAGACAAAUUGUAUAAGGUUCCCGAACGUACAAUUCCCCGUCAUCAGGAUGCCAAUUGAGAGCAUCAAACCGAACAAAUUCAAACGAAGAAAAUUAUAUCAAAGAGACUUCGACCACGUAGAUGCUUCAAAGAUCAGCACAUCAUUGCAAUCGGGCCUGUUGGCCGAAACGACAUGGGCUCUUGAUUACUUGUCGAUCACCUCUCACGAUGCUUCAGCGUUCUCCCUUAACAUCGCAAAAAACCCAAUGGUGUUUGAUGCUAUCCUCAAUUUAUUCCACAAAAACAUGAAAAGUUUGACGGAUUCGAUUAAAAAAAAUGACAGAUCUAUGGAUGCGUCGGAGUUCGAAAGUUCCAAUCCUUGCCCCCACUCGACUUACAACGCAUUUUUCAAAGAUAACGACAAAGAUACAAGUCAUGUAGUCGUAAAGAUGGACGGCGAAUGUGAAGAGAAAUUUUAUGCAAAAAAAUACUUCAGUAAAAAUAACUUCCGCGUACGUAACUUUGCUUCAGCCAUUGACGACAGCAAAACGGAAAGCGAAGAAAAGGUAGUAGUGAAGUGUGAGGUGAAACUAGAUGAGGUUACUAGUGAAAAUAUUCCGAGAAAAAUUAUAGAUGAAGUCGUGGCCGUAGAAACUACGAAAGAGGUUCAAGAGCCUGUCGAUGAUUUAUUCAACGCGUGCAGUGAGAGUCAACUCGAGCAUGCGAGAAUGUGCAUAUGCGUUAGCAACAUCUUCAGAAAUUUAUCCAUGUCGUCGUGGAAUGAGAAGGAAAUGGCGACAAACCUCAAAUUUAUCUCAUUAUUAAGUCAAUACAUUCUUCUAGAUCAUACCCAUACAACCAGAAAACCUGAAAACGAAGACGAUGACCGUUUUCAUCAACACCCUCAAGAUUUAUGGUGGUGGUCAAUCAUAUCUAACGUAAGAUUCAACUGUAUCGUUACCCUGUCAUCUAUAGCUAAUCAUUUAAACCUUUCCCUGCUACCCGGAGAUAUAUGCAUGGAAUUAUGCGACGGUUUGUUGCACUGGGCGGUCUGUCAAUCGUCAGAGGCGUUGGAUUUAAAUUGUGGCUCCAACAUAUCAUUACAAAGAAUCGUCUUCGAGACAAUUUCCAAAUUAUGCAUUUCCAAACAUAACACCAACUACGUACUCGCAACUCCGCCAUUUUCACGCCUAGUUCAACUAAUCGAUUACGCAGUAACUUCUAUCAACAAUGGCGAGUCGGAAAUCGUUAAAGACAUCCUACUCGGCCUCUUGAGUCGUCUUACAGAGGCAGACACCGGCCUGGGGCAAGUCUUAGUUUUGGAGGGUAGUGGGCCCCUGACACUCGUAAGUUUGAUAGAGAAUUAUAUCACAUCGAAUGUUCUGCUAGAACAGAACAAUGUCCUAGACUCCUUUCCCAAAGUUAGCUCCUACACGGCUUGCAAGGCCGCCGAAAUAUUGUCAUACCUUGCUAAAACUCCCGAAAACAAACAACCGCUGUUGAAAUUUAGCAAACACUUUCUAGACAUCGUCACAUCGAAUUGCUACGACGAGACGCUAACCGGUUUGAUCUCGGACGUAGUAGCAGCGAUUUGUUGACGCGUGCGGAUAAGUUAAAUGUCAUUUGUUGUUAUUUAUCAUUAAUCACGUAUGACAAUUAUCUCGAUGUAUGUAAAUGAUACCGUUGUUUUAUAUGUUUGUAUAUAAUUACUAUUUAUGUGUAUAUUUAUAUUUAAAAUAAAAUUAUUAUGAAUAUGUA